AUGUCAGCCACGAAACGGACCAUACUAAUCACCGGAUGCACACAAUCCAGCAUCGGUUCCACGCUGGCGAAAGAGUUCGCCGCGUUGGGUUACAAGGUGUAUGCAACUGCCCGACGAGUAUCCAACAUGGCGGACCUCGCAUCCAUCAAGAACAUCACCCUACUUGCGCUGGACGUCUCGUCAUCCGAAUCAAUCACCGCAGUCCGAGAUCAGCUUCAAUCCGAGACGAACGGCCAGCUGGACAUACUCUACCACAACGCCGGCUACCGGAGCCUGGCAAUGGCGGCGGAGACCCCGCCGGUGGAAGCUCAGAGGACCCUCGCCGUGAACCUACUGGGGAUCGUCGAGAUGAAUCGCCAAUUUGCCGACAUGGUGAUUGCGGCCAGGGGCACGAUUGUCUUUACGAGUAGUCUGUCGGCGUUUACCCCGCACCCGUCGCACGCUCUAUACUGUGCGAGCAAGGCGGCGCUCCACGUUUACGCGGGCGCCCUGCGGAUUGAGAUGAAACCGUUUGGAGUGAGGGUUGUGCUUGUGAAUACGGGCGGGAUCAAGACGGAAAUGUCCAGCCAGAGGAUCAAGCUCCAGGCCGACUCGAGAUACAAAUACCUAGAGGCAAAGAUCAAUCACGCUUGGGACGUCAUCGGAGGUGGACAGAUUACUGCCGAGGAGUAUGGAAAGUAUGUAGUGCGGAGAAUCACGAGGGGCAGCGCAAAGACCAUUUGGUGCGGAAACCAUAUUUGGACAAUUUGGCUGGUUGAACAUUUGAACCUGCAGUGGGCAUAUGAUCUGUACUAUGGCCGGAUCUACGGUUUGGAUACUGAAGCACCGAAAAGGGAGGUGUAG